UGGACGGUGCGGCCCGGCGCGGGGCCUGCGCGGGGCGCCCGGCGGAGCUGCGGGGACGGCGGCGCUCGGGACGCCGGGGCCCGGAGCUCGGCGGCGGGUUCACACUGCUGCUGAAUCAUAACCAUUCACCGCUGAGCGAUGGCAAGAGAGGAAACAAAAAGUUAGAGGAGCGGAGCGCGCAUGCCCUAGUAGUGAGAAGCAAACUUACUUGAUAACAUGCUUUUGCGAAGUUCAGGAAAAUUAAAUGUGGGCACCAAGAAAGAGGAUGGUGAGAGUACAGUCCCCACCCCUCGUCCAAAGAUCUUGCGUUGCAAAUGCCACCACCAUUGUCCAGAAGACUCAGUCAACAACAUUUGCAGCACAGAUGGAUAUUGUUUCACAAUGAUUGAAGAAGAUGAUUCUGGGAUGCCUGUGGUCACUUCUGGAUGUCUAGGACUAGAAGGCUCAGAUUUUCAGUGCCGGGAUACCCCCAUUCCUCAUCAAAGAAGAUCAAUUGAGUGCUGCACAGAACGGAAUGAAUGUAAUAAAGAUCUACACCCUACAUUGCCUCCACUGAAAAAUAGAGAUUUUGUUGACGGACCUAUACAUCACAAGGCCUUACUUAUAUCUGUAACUGUCUGUAGUUUGCUAUUGGUCCUUAUUAUUUUAUUCUGUUACUUCAGGUAUAAAAGACAAGAAAGCCGACCUCGGUACAGCAUUGGGUUAGAACAGGACGAAACAUACAUUCCUCCUGGAGAAUCCCUGAGAGACUUAAUUGAGCAGUCUCAAAGCUCAGGAAGUGGAUCAGGCCUCCCUCUGCUGGUCCAAAGGACUAUAGCUAAGCAGAUUCAGAUGGUGAAACAGAUUGGAAAAGGUCGCUAUGGGGAAGUUUGGAUGGGGAAGUGGCGUGGCGAAAAGGUAGCUGUGAAAGUGUUCUUCACCACAGAGGAAGCCAGCUGGUUCCGAGAGACAGAAAUAUAUCAGACAGUGUUGAUGAGGCAUGAAAACAUUCUGGGGUUCAUUGCUGCAGAUAUCAAAGGGACAGGGUCAUGGACCCAGUUGUACCUAAUCACAGACUAUCAUGAAAAUGGUUCCCUCUAUGAUUAUCUGAAGUCCACCACCCUAGAUACAAAAUCGAUGCUGAAGUUAGCCUAUUCUUCUGUCAGUGGCUUAUGUCAUUUACACACAGAAAUCUUUAGCACCCAAGGCAAACCAGCAAUUGCCCACCGAGAUCUGAAAAGUAAGAACAUCCUGGUGAAGAAAAAUGGAACUUGUUGUAUAGCUGACCUGGGCCUGGCUGUUAAAUUUAUUAGUGAUACAAAUGAAGUUGACAUACCACCCAACACCCGAGUUGGCACCAAACGCUAUAUGCCUCCGGAAGUGUUGGAUGAGAGCUUAAACAGAAAUCACUUUCAGUCUUACAUUAUGGCCGACAUGUAUAGUUUUGGACUCAUCCUCUGGGAGGUCGCUAGGAGAUGUGUAUCCGGAGGUAUAGUCGAAGAAUACCAGCUUCCCUAUCAUGACCUAGUUCCCAGUGAUCCUUCUUAUGAGGACAUGAGAGAGAUCGUUUGCAUCAAAAAGCUACGUCCCUCGUUCCCCAACCGAUGGAGUAGUGAUGAGUGUCUGAGGCAGAUGGGAAAACUCAUGAUGGAAUGCUGGGCUCACAAUCCUGCAUCAAGACUGACAGCCCUGCGUGUUAAGAAAACACUAGCCAAGAUGUCCGAGUCCCAGGACAUUAAACUCUAAUGUGAGGGGAAGAAACACGCAUCUCUGGAGAAAGCCAGUAGAUACUCUCCUGUUUGUGGGCAGAGCAAAAGAUGUUCCAGAAGCAUCCACAGUAUAAGCCUUGAAUACCAUCCUGCUUCCUAGUGGGUUCAGCCUCACCUCUCAGGGAGCAGCUUGGACAAAGAGAAGUUUCCAGAGACACGUUCUCAUCGUGUCUGUCUGUAGGAGGGAGGAAACGCUUGGGUAACUUGUUCGUGAUAUAUGAUGCAUGUUGCUUUCUAAGAAAGCCCUGUAUUUUGGGAUUGCCUUUUUUUUUUUUCCAAAAGAUACUUUAAUUUUGCCAAAAUAGAACAAAUAAUGUAGAUGUUUUAAGGUUUAUACUAUUAUAGUUUAAAUGAUGACAACAAAAGUUCUUUCCAGAAAUUCUGCUGGAAGGUAAAUUUUAAAAUAUCUUUUUCCAUUAGCAAAAUUUUGUUGCACUCUGCAAACCAAAAGACAGUCUGUGAAGUUGGAGCACACAGAGUGGAACUCAUCUGAGAGUCUCCCCGCUUCUGCCUCCCCAGACCACUUUGGCCAGCCCUGCAUUUAGGGGCCGCCACAGCAAUGUGAAUGCACCUGGGUACAAAUACCACCUGUUUGGGAUCACAUUUUGGGAUUCCUUCAGGUAACCUUUUGUAGCUUCAGGCGAUAUGGAACAAAUGAAGGUUUUAUGUGGCUCUGUUAGAAGUAGUAAGUGUCGAUGGUAUUCUUCAGAACCACUUUGUGUUUCUGAUUCUUUUAAGGCAUUUCUGUCAUGGUGAAAUUCUUUCCUUUUCAUUAAACACAGACAAAGGUGUUUUUAUGUGCGGAGAAUUGACCCAUGCAUGUUUUUGAUCUCUCAAAUGAAAGGAUCAAUAGUAAAUAAAAUUGCCAUCAGUUGUGUUGAAAACAAGGCCCUUUAAAAUAGAGAUCAUUUGCUCCUGUGUCGUAAGAAAAAUGGCAAUAGGAUAGAGGAUGAAGUUAGGGGUGCAAAUGGCCUGUUUCUUAUAUAUACAGAAGAGCCAGUCUCAGAAGCACUGAGGAGAAGGUAGGCAUACCUUAUUUUGUAUAGAUAAGGACAGUUUCUUCUGGUAAUUGUCUGUCUCUUUUGUGUCUGAGUGAAGAGGAGAGAAAGCAUGCCAGGUUAAUUUAACUAAAUUUUAAUUUGAAAAUAUAAGUAUAACCUCCAGGUGGGACAGCAGAAGGAGCUAGUGGAGGCCACAAAAUCUUAUGGCUGCUGUGAUUUAUUAUUCUAAAAUAGAUAUGGAUGGAGCAUGUACAUCUUAAAUGAUAAUUUCACAUCUUAGAGGAGUGCUGACUCAAUUUAGUUUAUUCUCGUGAUGUUCAGUUCACUUUUUAAUUUAUUUAUUUUUUUCUUCUCUGUGGCACUUGUGCAAAACAUCUCCUCACCUAUCCAAUUCUGUGGGGUUUUAACUUUGAGAAACGUGAGUCAAAUCAUUGACAGAGCCAAUAUUCCUUAGCAACAGGAACAUAAAGCUCAAGAUUGUGCACACCCCUCUCAACUGUAUUCAUUAUAUUUCCUUACUUUAUUUCUUCUGUUUCUUAGUAAUUCUGUAGUGUUUAGAAAGAAUUGGGAAUUACUUCUCCUUGGUCUUUUUAAAAACGACGUUCCUUCCAGAAUACUCCAGGGGGCGGUGUUUUAUAACACAUUUGCACCACUUGGUGCCUGAAGGAUGAAGGGGUUUUGAAAAUACGACAGCUGAAAAAUGAGAAAAUAUUCUCCUUAUUUCUGAAGGAGGCUUGCAGCUGGUGACUUGUUCAUCCUGAAAACAUCUUAGAGCACAGAAUGGCUGUGAGCUGUGUGCACGGUUUGGGAGAACAGAAGGAGAACCGAUGUUGUCCAUUCUAAGCAUUUACUUCCUAGUGCUUCAUAGCUCUAUUUUUUGUUUGUAACAAAGAAAGAUUUUUUCUCAACCCUUGAAAAAGGAACAAAAUAUCUGUUUUUCAAAGAUCAAAAACAGCUGUUUUCAAAUAUACCUGUAAUCAGAACACUGCAGAUUUUUCUUAACCCUUGAAAAGGAACAAAAUUUCUGUUUUUCAAAGAUCAAAAACAGGUGUUUCCAAAUAUACCCGUAAUCAAAUCACCUGAAAAGCAGUGUAAACAAACGUUCCUUUCCCUUGUGUCCAAUGGUAUUCUCUGUGAUAGCUUAGCAGGGAAUAUGUGUGUAGAACCACGUGUGAUAAUCACCUGAGCCAUGGACAGAAGUUUCAGUGCCUCUAAUUAGAUAAUCUACAAACAAAUGAGUAAACUUAGACACCAGUUAAGUGGGAACGUGUUUGUGUUCCUUGGUUUUCCCUAAAUUUAAGAGAGGUUGGGCUUGCUUACCACUUUGAUAAAAAUUUGUGUUCUUUUUAGUACAUUUUUAUGUAGAGAUAACUUCAAAUCAGAAUAUCUUGUGGGGAGGUGAUGAUUUGAAAAUAAGCUAGAGUUUUAGAGAGGUGUUGGUUCCAAUGAAGGAAGAAUGGGAAGAAAUUAGUGUCCAAAUUUCUUCUAUAUUUUUAGUUGUUUUGGAAAAAUCUAUAGCUUACUUUCUAAUUCUCAAUCUGAUUUACCAUGAACAUUUAGAAAUCAUUCUUGAGAUAUUAAAAAAGAUCCACCUAGUUAUUAGUCUUUCAAUGAGGUAGAAAUUUAUUUAUGAGUAGAGUUUUCUCUGUAUUUUACCCAAAUCCUCCUUACAUAAGGAAUACUAAACUGCUUUUAAAAGAUACGACCUACUCACUUCCAAAUAAUCCUUGUCGGUUUUUAAAUUUUUAGUAGCUCAGAAGUGAAUUUUAAUUUUUUGUUUUGUCUUUCAAUAGGAUUAGGGGGAACCUGGAAGUUAAUGUAGUCAGUCAAUGGCUUCCUUUCAGGACUAUUUCCAAGACUUAAGAUUUUCUCCUAAUCACUCCCUCCCGUUCAAGGGAAUCCGAGAAUAUCAGUCGUCAGCUAAUACAAGUUGUGUCUGCUAAGAUGUUCAGGUCUAUAGUUUAUGUAUGUGUGUAUAUAUUAUAUAAGUAUAUAUGUAUAUAUAAAUAUUAUGUUCAGUUUGGGGUCUGGCACAACUCCAUUAUGUGGAUUAGAGAUAAACUAUUAUGGAUGAUAAAGUACUAAAUGAAACAUAAUAUUUAUUUAUGAAAGUGUGUAGUUGGUUAAGUCACAAGUGACAGUGCUAUGAACCUUGUGUGUGAGGAGACAGGCCUCUGACCUCCCACACAGCACCGUUCAGAGGUCACUCGUGACCGUUCUUUUUACUCUUAAAACAUAAAGCUUCUUAGAAAACAUGCCGAGAUUUUAUUUACAGGGAACCCUUCGACACAUUUCGAUUGUUGUGUGGUCCGGUAUAGGAAAUACUGAAGAAUGACAGAAUUUCAUGCUCCUAAGAGUCAUGCAUAUUCAUUCGAAGUGACGGUGUUUUAUGUUGUUGCUCUGUUCUGGUUCUUCUGUUUGUGAGCGAAAAGGCACUGAAAGGAGCCUAAUUUUUAAACUUGAAUAGUCCUGGAGUUGUAUCUCCAUAGAAAACCCAGUCACAUAGCAGUGGGAAUGAAAGAAGUGGUAUCAGAAGUGAUUUAAUUUAGCAAUUAUGAUUCCUCUUGUAAAACAAAACAAAAAAACAAUGCCAUAUUUUUUUGGAGAAAAGUUGGCAAUAUAUAAGGGAUUUUUUUUUUUGGUCUGUCUAUUUCAAAAGAAGAUUCAUUUGUGUUCUUUUGGGGAACCAGUGCCUUAUUGAAUUUGUAUAUACUGUAAUUAUUCAGGACUAGGGAACAAACAAUUGUAUUUGUUACAAAUUGUAUAUGGCUUUGUUUUAACAUUCCCCGAAAUAAAAUGGUUUCUUUCUCCCCCUGGAA